AUGACCCCCCUGCUGUUUCCCCUCUUGGUGGCCUCCCUGCUCCCCUCCAGCUCCUGUAACAAAGCCAACAAGCACAAGCCAUGGAUUGAGGCAGAAUACCAAGGCAUCGUCAUGGAGAAUGACAACACGGUUCUGCUGAACCCACCGCUCUUUGCCUUGGACAAGGAUGCUCCCUUGCGCUAUGCAGGUGAGAUCUGUGGCUUCCGGCUCCAUGGGUCCGGGGUCCCCUUUGAGGCCGUGAUCCUGGACAAGGCGACAGGAGAAGGGCUGAUCCGGGCCAAGGAGCCGGUGGACUGUGAGGCCCAGAAGGAGCACACCUUCACCAUCCAGGCCUACGACUGCGGCGAAGGCCCGGACGGGGCCAACACCAAGAAGUCCCACAAGGCCACUGUACAUGUGCGGGUCAACGACGUGAACGAGUUUGCCCCGGUGUUUGUGGAGCGGCUGUACCGGGCAGCAGUGACCGAGGGGAAGCUGUAUGACCGCAUCCUUCGGGUGGAGGCCAUCGACGGUGACUGCUCCCCCCAGUACAGCCAGAUCUGCUAUUAUGAGAUCCUCACGCCCAACACCCCCUUCCUCAUCGACAAUGACGGGAACAUUGAGAACACAGAGAAGCUACAGUACAGUGGUGAGAAGCUCUACAAGUUCACGGUGACGGCUUAUGACUGCGGGAAGAAGCGGGCGGCGGACGAUGCUGAGGUGGAGAUCCAGGUGAAGCCCACCUGUAAACCCAGCUGGCAAGGCUGGAACAAAAGGAUUGAAUAUGCACCAGGCGCCGGGAGCUUGGCUCUGUUCCCUGGUAUCCGCCUGGAGACCUGUGAUGAACCUCUCUGGAACAUUCAGGCCACCAUAGAACUGCAGACCAGCCAUGUGGCCAAGGGCUGUGACCGUGACAACUACUCAGAGCGUGCACUGCGGAAACUCUGCGGCGCGGCCCCUGGGGAGGUGGAUCUGCUGCCGAUGCCCGGCCCCAAUGCCAACUGGACAGCGGGCCUCUCGGUGCACUACAGCCAGGACAGCAGCCUCAUCUACUGGUUCAACGGCACCCAGGCGGUGCAGGUGCCCCUGGGGGGCGCUGCGGGGCUGGGCUCCGGGCCCCCGGACAGCCUCAGUGACCACUUUACCCUGUCCUUCUGGAUGAAGCAUGGUGUCACUCCCAACAAGGGCAAGAAGGAAGAGGAAACCAUCGUGUGUAACACCGUCCAGAACGAGGACGGCUUCUCUCACUACUCACUGACUGUCCACGGCUGCAGAAUUGCCUUCCUCUACUGGCCUCUACUUGAGAGUGCCCGGCCAGUCAAAUUCCUCUGGAAGCUGGAGCAGGUCUGUGAUGAUGAGUGGCACCACUAUGCUUUGAAUCUCGAGUUCCCCACGGUCACACUCUAUGCAGAUGGCAUCUCCUUCGACCCCGCCCUCAUCCAUGACAAUGGUCUCAUCCACCCACCUCGAAGGGAGCCCGCGCUGAUGAUUGGGGCCUGCUGGGCUGAGGAGAAGAACAAAGAGAAGGCAAAGGGAGCUGACAACAGUACGGACGCCACAGCAGGAGACCCCUUGCCGAUCCACCACUACUUCCACGGCUACCUGGCUGGUUUCAGCGUGCGCUCAGGCCGCCUGGAGAGCCGUGAGGUCAUCGAGUGCCUCUAUGCAUGUCGGGAGGGGCUGGACUAUAGGGAUUUCGAGAGCCUGGGCAAAGGCAUGAAGGUCCACGUGAACCCCUCGCAGUCCCUGCUCACCCUGGAGGGGGAUGAUGUGGAGACCUUCAACCAUGCCCUGCAGCAUGUGGCUUACAUGAACACUCUGCGCUUUGCCACGCCUGGCGUCAGGCCCCUGCGCCUCACCACUGCCGUCAAGUGCUUCAGUGAGGAGUCCUGUGUCUCCAUCCCUGAAGUGGAGGGCUACGUGGUGGUGCUACAGCCGGAUGCCCCCCAGAUCCUGCUGAGCGGCACCGCUCACUUUGCCCGCCCAGCUGUGGACUUCGAGGGACCGGAGGGGGUUCCUUUGUUCCCUGACCUUCAGAUCACUUGCUCCAUUUCGCACCAGGUGGAGGCCAAAAAGGACGAGAGUUGGCAAGGCACAGUGACAGACACUCGCAUGUCAGACGAGAUCGUGCACAACCUGGAUGGCUGUGAGAUCUCCCUGGUGGGGGAUGACCUGGACCCCGAGCGGGAAAGUCUGCUCCUGGACAUGGCAUCCUUGCAGCAGCGAGGCCUGGAGCUCACCAACACAUCCGCCUACCUCACCAUUGCCGGGGUGGAGAGCAUCACCGUGUACGAAGAGAUCCUGAGGCAGGCGCGUUAUCGCCUGCGACACGGAGCAGCCCUCUACGCCCGGAAGUUCCGGCUCUCCUGCUCAGAAAUGAAUGGGCGUUACUCCAGCAAUGAAUUCAUCGUGGAGGUCAGCGUCCUGCACAGCGUGAACCGGGUGGCCCACCCCAGCCACAUGCUCAGCUCCCAGCAGUUUCUGCACCGCGGUCACCAGCCACCGCCUGAGAUGGCUGGACACAGCCUGGCCAGCUCCCACCGCAACUCCAUGGUCCCCAGUGCGGCAACCCUCAUCAUCGUGGUGUGCGUGGGCUUCCUGGUGCUCAUGGUCGUCCUGGGUCUCGUGCGCAUCCACUCACUGCACCGCCGCGUCUCGGGGGCCAGCGGGCCUCCCGGGGCCUCCAGCGACCCCAAGGACCCUGAUCUGUUCUGGGAUGACUCAGCUCUCACCAUUAUCGUGAACCCCAUGGAGUCCUAUCAGAGCCGGCAGGUCUGCGUGGCGGGCGCUGCGGGUGGCCAGCCGGAUGACGAGGACAGCAGCGACUCGGAGGCAGCCGACUCGCCCAGCAGCGAUGAGAGACGCAUCAUUGAGACCCCCCCUCACCGCUACUGA